AUGGGAGCGCAGACGUCGAAGGAGGAGCAGCUCUACCAUCAGGUGACGUACGGGAAUGUCCACGGGAUCGAGCGCCUCCGCCGCGAGGGCGCGGACCUUGAGGUGGGUGGGGCGAUUGUGGACUUUUGCUUAGAGUUCUUGUGUUUAUGGAUUGAUUGCUUUAUUUAUCUCAAUUGAGGGAUGAAUCUCAGGCCUGCUGAUCUUUGCAGUUUAUUGACAAAGAAGGGAAGACGCCGCUGAUUGUGGCCUGCAUGAGGCCUGACUUGUUGUCGGUUGCGAAGGCUCUGAUUGAUCUCGGUGCCGACGUUAAUGCCUAUCGCCCUGGUGAGGGAACUACGUGUUCUUGAUAUUAUCCUGUCUUGUGUUCUUUGAGUAAGUCUCCGCUCCGACUUCAUCGGCUGUUCGAUGUAUGAAACCCGAUUCGGGCGGCCAUCCUGUCGUCUUUAGAUGUGUUAUGCUCAGCGUAUGCGUCCAGGAUUCAGCUCCUUUCUUGAGGUUGAAGCAGCUGAAGCGUUUGUGUCAUUGUAGAAUGAAGUUUAUGGGGUGUUAAUGGGUAUGCAACCCAUGAAGAUAAAUGGCCAAAUAAGUAUCAGGAAAAUGUUUUUUUUCUCCGAUAUUCUUAUGUCAUGAACUCUGUUUCAUGCCAAAUGCAAUUUCUAUGAAGAUGCUGUGAGUAUGGGGUUUCACGUUUCCUAAUCUAAUGUAGGGUCCCACGCUGGAACUCCCUUGCAUCACGCAGCAAAAAGAGGACUUGAGCAGACGGUCAAUCUACUUCUUUCUCGUGGUGGUAGGUGCAUCUUUUGAGCUUUUUCUGAUGUUUGAUCCAGUCUCCAGUCUCGUUGUACAUUUUUGCGGUUGCUUCAAAUUUUCUAGACGUAUGGAUGGCGUCACUGAUUAAUUGUGACCUGUUCAAAUGUCUGCAGCAAAUCCUUCUAUAGCAAAUGAUGACUGCCAGACUCCCCUUGACUUGGCAAGGGCAAAGGGACAUGUUAGCGUUGUCCGCGCAAUUGAGGUAAGAGCUCCUGAUAAGGCAGGGAUGGGUCGGGUUCUGUUCGCAUUGCAGUCGGCGGCAAUAAAUUAUUGCACAAAAAAUAUAUUUCCUCACUUACUUUGUAGAAUGGGCUAAGUAAUCCUGGAUAUUAAACCAUUUUGAGACCCUCAUCAUCUGGCAUCUUUUAAUUCUUUUUCUAUGUAAUCUAACCUUAUCAUUGCUAUGCUUGUAUUCAGAACCACAUAAGCCUUUUCUCUGGCUGGCUUCGGGAGCUUUAUGGGCCAGGUUUUCUCGAGGUCUUGGUUCCUCAAUGGACAUCAAGAAAAAUGUACGUUUAGUUAUCAAAGUUUCGAUUUAAUUUUACUCCUUUUGGUGUUCUCUAGUCAUUCGUGCUAUGAUCUUUUGGCCAUAUGAAUAUUAAAACAGAUGUCGCAUCAUUUAUAGUUCAUUUCCAGCAUUUUGCCUUAUCCUAACGUCAGAUGAUUGGUGUCAUAAUUUCCUCCUUGUAAUUUUUCAGUUGGGUGGCUGUCUUACCUUGUGACCAUCGGAAUCCUUUGAAUCCUUCCAAGUUUGAGCUCGCCGUCUACCCUGACCCGCAGGUAUUUUAAUAUGCAUUGUACUAUCGUUUCUAUUAGAUUGUGACCUGUCGGUUCAUUGUGGAGGACAAUUUCUUCAUGAUGUAUGAGCUGAUCAUUGGGUCAUUUAUUCUCUAUUUUGGUAUGGUUGCUUACAUUACUAUCCAGUAUUUGUUGAUAGGCCUAUUGCGAAAUGUCCUCUUUGGAAAAGGGUGCUCAAAUUUGAGAUUUUUUUUUCGCUGAUACUAAUGUUCCUAUAUCUCUUCUCUCUUCUUAUACCUCUCAUUUGCUAUUAUGGUAUGUGUAUUUAUGGAAACUUUCCCUGUCUGGGCUACUGUUUUGCUAUCAAACAGCUACUUUUUGUUGCUUUACGGGUCCAAGCUGGUAAAAAUGUUUUAUGUUUUCAAGGAAGUCAAGUAUUUUAAUAUUUUGUUUUCUUUUCCAGAACUUAUGGACAGGAAUGAGUGUAAUUUUUUUUGCCACUUUUAUCACUCUUCUGACAUUUUAUUCGGGGAUUUAAGUGAAACAGAAGCUCAAGAAAAUUACAGAUGGAAGUCGCUUCAUAGAUGAUCUGUCUACUCCACCUAAUCUUUGGAAAAAGUUAAUCUCUCAAUGCUUAUUCAAUGAAUACAAACAUGGAAUUAGAGCAACGAUCUCAUGCUCUAUGGUAUACUCUAUUUUUGGGGAAAAGAAAAGUUAUGCUUAAGGCUGCUGACUUUUCUUUUUUCUUGUACUUGAAUGUCAGAGUACUUAAUGAACAGUUCUCAUGUCUAGAAAGUAUUUUUUUCAUGGAUUUACAAGCAUUUUUGAUCUCAAUGAUUUUCCCUUCCCGCAUCAUUACAUUAUAUUAUUAUAAUACAUUCUUUUGGCGGCUAUUUACUAGGCUCUGGUGGAAUCUGGAUGAUUUAUUGAAGCACAAAUUAAGUUUUCUUAUUAGGAGGAAAAUCAUCCAUUCAAGUAUUUGGUGAAUUUUUGCUCAUGUUUGAAGUUUCUAAAUACAGGCUUCUCCAUGUUCAUUCUCCAAAUUAAUUUAUGAUUAUUAAAUUCUUCACCUAGAAAUCAUCAAGUGAAAGAUGUCUUUUGUUGUUCCUCAUAGUACUUGGGAUGGUUUUCGUGGUCAAAUCUUCAACCCGAUUUUGAUUGAUUUUAUAACUUCCUUUCCUAAUGAAAAGGGAUGGAAAUAGUUUACAUUAAGAUUUCUUGCAUUGGCAGAUAUGUAAUUUUAUUUGUAUUCCGGGCACGCCAAAAGUCUCAUAUCGUUAUGCAGAAAAUUUAUUCCAUUUAUUAUUUUAAAUGAGAUUUAGUCUUAGUUAUUUACUGAUAAGGAUUCUGUUCAUUAAACAGACUGCUCAUCCCAAGACUAUUAUUCAACUUUGGAAGGCUAAAAUCGAGGCACCGAAUUUCAAACAAGCAGAUCCUGUGUUGGUUAUUAUUGAGAACAGUUCAAGUAUUGCUUCCUUCUGAUUUCUAUUUUUUAAUGUUCUGUGGUUAGUUGUAUAGCUUUUUAUUCGAAUAUUAUUCUAUCCAAAGUCUGCUUCAGUAUUAUUUGCUGAUAGCUUGAAGAACUAGAUAACAUGAGGAUUCCUGGUCCCAUGCCUUUCACUAUGAGGACACUUUGAAUUUUAACAUUGGAUGUUGCAACUCCGUCCGCUUUUAAUGUUGGCUUUUCAAUACUUUCAUAAUUCUUGUGUUGUUUUUGUUUCCUUGAUGCUUCACUUCUUUAUUUUAUUGAUUGUGCUUUGAGUAGCUAAACUACCUUUUCAUGAAACAAGUCCUUUUGUGUCACUAAAACACAAGAGGUAUCCUAUCCAAAGUGAGGUUUAUUGUAACAUCUUAGGCAAUAGAUCUGUUUUAAAUGAUUUAUUAAGACUUUGGUGAUCCCUUUUUAUCAUGCAGGAGCACGAUUUAAGUUUUUAGCAGAACGAGCAGGUGACAAGCAACAAUUUUCUUUGUUUUAUGAUGCGUGCAGAGGAAUUUUUCAGGUAUAAUUAUUUUUUUAUUAAAGAGUGCCACUAAAAGUAGUUGCACACAUGACUUCUACAAUAACCUGACAUUUAAUCGAAUAACCUGAUUAUGUUGUUAAAUAUGUCGAAGUUAUAGUUGUUUGAUGAAGUUGGACGGUUAAAUUCAUUAACAUGGUGUCAGCGUUCAGGUUUCAUCAUGUGUUGUGUCCUUUAUGUAUCCUUCAUGUUGGAGAGCCAUCGUGCAUGCAGUGCUAUGUGAGAGCGGAGAGAAUUAUGCCACAGUGAAUGGAAUGAUUAAAAAAUAUAAUGAAAGUAUGUAGUGGCCUUCCAUUCACGAUCAAUUAGUUUUUAGAUUUGAUUUGGGCAAAUCUAAUUCUUUAGUAGUAAUUAUAGAUUGGCUGUUUACAUGUGAGGUGAUUUUUUCUAAACUUUGGUCCAAUGAACGGAGAUGCCACGUAUGUAUGUUUAGUGGUUCUCAAGUACAUUUUUGAAGUUUUAAAAUUUCGUUUUUUUUGUUAUUAUAAAUAAUGAAUCAUAUAUUAAUGCAUUUUUUGCUACUAUAUCAUCAUCAUCAUCAUCUAUUGAAUCUCUUCCGUUUUUCCACUCGAUCACAUAUUCAUAUUCAAUAUGCUUUUUUUUCCAACUUAUUUGUAGCCUUCCUCUUAUAUUUUUCAUUACUGAAUCCUACGAAAAUAGUCAUACCUAUUGACGGGUGUUUUCCCUGUUCUUUUCACAUAUCUGAACAAUCUCUCAUUGCUUUCAAGAGAUUUAGACCCCUCUUACCACACUUCUCUUAGGAUUUUUUAAGGGAUCUUUCUGGGUGCCUCGUAUGAUCCUGCUGAGUGGUCCCUGUUUUAUAAGAUUUACUGUUCUAUUCUAUUGAUGGGAAAAAGGAUAAUCAUCGGGUAGAUUUGGACCUGCCUUUCUAUCAUUCCCAGGCUACGAUUUUGUUGUGCCCCAUAGUUUCUGAAAUUUCUUUGGCCUAAAUGUCGUCUCAAAUGUGUUUCUUUUAGCCUUGUUAGUCUUGCAAUUCGUAUAUUGAAUCAGGUGCAUUCGUCGGUGGUUGGUCAGAUAGGUUGGUAGCUCUGUUCUAGGGGUGUUCUCUGUGACCUGUACCGAUUCAUCUCUUCUCAUUUCCCACUAUGUACCAAUGCAUUAGUUGACUAUGUUUUUCUUUUCCCAGUGGGAAACGGUGAAAAAGACUGCUUAUACUCAGCAAUAUUCUUGCUGUUUCUCUCUUUUGUAGCAGGCCAUUUUUCUGCAUCAACAACCGAUGCCAAUGCCACUGGUUGCUCCUGUCCUCCCCAGUCAUGCAGCUGCUUCUCCUUCGGUCUCAGAAGACAUGGAGCUGGCCAUGGCUAUCAACGCCUCCAUUCAGACAGCCAUCGCAGAAGGAAUCCCUCCACUGUCAGAUGUCCAGCCACUUCCCCAACUUCCCAACACCAACGGUUGGGGCUCCCAGGACGUGGCUUCAUCGUCCUCCUCUACGGUGGCCAAUGGGUGGGUGACCGAGCCAGCAAAUGAGGAAUAUAAUGGAUGGGGUGCGCCUCGACCUGCGCCCAGCACCAAGCCAGUUCGGGCACAAGAGUACCAGCAUAGUACACCGGCUGUUGCUCCAUCAGCUCAAGAAGCUCCAGCUCUCUCUCUCCCCUCGGCUCCUCCGAUGGGUGAGACAACCCUCGACGAAGGCCACGUACAGUACCCAUCAAUAGAUGCGAGCCCUGUUGACUUGAAGUUGCCACUGGUGGGGGGAAAACCAGGUCUCGGCGAGGAGAAAGAAGGAUCCGACGAUUCCGGCUCCUGCGUUAUUUGCCUGGAUGCUCCGGUCGAGGGAGCAUGCAUUCCAUGUGGUCACAUGGCGGGAUGCAUGAGCUGUCUGAAUGAGAUCAAAGGGAAGGACUGGGGAUGCCCCGUCUGCCGCGCCCACAUAGAUCAAGUCAUAAAACUCUAUGCUGUCUGA